CGGUCCUGCGCCCGGGCCCCGUUGUUCCGGGGGCGGAUUUAAGCCGGUCGCCCGAGGGCUCUUUCUCUUUCUCUCUCGCCCCCUCCUCUCCUCUCCUCCGGCGCCAGGCGUUUUUGGGGAUCCCCCUCCCUGUGCGCAGCUAUGCGGACUUGGGCGCAGCGCCUGUCCCCCGGGCCGGUGGUCUUCUGCCUCUGCCUCCUCCUCUUCCUCCUCCAGGGCCGGCGGAUCGGGGCCGACACGCCGGCCAACUGCACGUUUGAAGACCUGCUGGGCACCUGGAAGUUCCAAGUGGGCCAAGGCCGGGGAGCCCCGAACCGCCACAUCAACUGCACCGACGUGGGUCCUGUGGAAAAAGAAGUCAUCGUGAGCCUUCAGAAGGUCGACAUUGCUCAGGACAGUCAAGGGAACUACGGCUUCUUCACGAUAAUUUACAACCAAGGUUUUGAGGUUGUGUUGAACAACUACAAGUGGUUUGCGUUUUUUAAGUAUAAAAAGGAAGGGUCCAACGUAACCAGUUACUGUCAUGAGACUCUACCAGGAUGGGUUCAUGACGUGUUAGGCCAUAACUGGGCUUGUUUCACAGGACAGAAGAUCGCGCCUUCAGACUCUGGAGUCCGUGUAAACCAGCUGCCUCUCGAGAGAUCCUAUGGAAAACGUCUCCAGAAGCCCUAUGUGAACAACUUUGACUUUGUGAAAGCCAUUAAUGCUGUCCAGAAAUCAUGGAAGGCCACAACCUACAGGGAAUAUGAAACCCUCACCCUGGAAGACCUAGUUCGGAGAGCAGGUGGAUCAAGAUCCAGAGCGCCCAGGCCAAAGCCUGCUCCUCUGACUGCAGAACUAGUUAAUGAAGCUUCGAUUCUCCCUAAAUCCUGGGACUGGAGGAACGUGAAUGGAGUCAACUACAUCAGCCCAGUGCGAAACCAAGCAUCCUGUGGCAGCUGUUACGCAUUUGCUUCAAUGGGAAUGCUGGAAGCCAGGAUUCGCAUCCUCACCAACAAUUCACAGACGCCUAUACUAAGCCCCCAGAAAGUUGUUUCUUGCAGUGAGUACUCUCAAGGUUGUGACGGAGGCUUCCCUUACCUCAUUGCUGGCAAAUACGUUCAGGAUUUUGGCGUGGUUGAGGAGGCAUGCUUCCCUUACACAGGCACCAAUUCCCCCUGUUCUUUUAAGCACAGCUGUUACCACUACUACGCCACCGACUAUUACUACAUCGGGGGCUUUUAUGGGGGGUGCAAUGAAGCGCUGAUGAAACUUGAACUCAUCAAGCACGGGCCAAUGGCAGUGGCCUUUGAAGUCUAUAACGAUUUCUUGCAUUACGGAGGAGGCAUCUACCAUCACACGGGGCUGACGGAUCCCUUCAACCCUUUCGAACUGACCAAUCACGCUGUCUUGCUGGUGGGUUACGACAGCGAUCCGAGCACUGGGGAACCCUACUGGAUAGUGAAGAACAGCUGGGGGACCUCUUGGGGCGAGCAGGGUUACUUCCGAAUCCGGAGGGGUACUGAUGAGUGUGCCAUAGAAAGCAUAGCUGUGGCUUCCAUGCCGAUACCCAAAAUGUAGUUGCGGCCGAAUUUUGUGUGACGAAAUACCCCGAAUAUAGCUGCGGCCGAAUUUCGUGUGACGAAAUACCCAAAAUGUAGCGCCAGGAAGCAACAAAGUGUCCGUCCUAAAAAAGGGUGGGAAAUACGCUUGCACCUGGUCGAUUAUUCUGCAUUGCUUUUUACAGCUUCAAAGAAUCACCUUAAUUAAGGAAAAUGAAACAUAUAAUGCACCUUUCAAGGAGCACUGUAAGUAAAGGCCGCUCUUGGUAGAGCCUGAGACCAGGUAGAUUUGAGGUCUCCAGCUGCUCUGCCAUGGCACCCAUACUGGGUGAUCUUGACCAGCAACUGUGAUUCAUCUUAGAUGCCCCUCUGAAUUUUAGCUUCACUGUGAUUUAUGUGAUUUGCUAGGCGAGCCAGAAUCAGAAACCAUUAGUUUGAAGCUGGCUCACGGUCUGAGUGAUUGCUCUGGUUUUAUGUUUGAAUUGAACUUGAAUGAAUUAAAUUUGUAUUGACACACUAUGCUUGCAAGAGCUGUACCUCUCAAUGCUAAUUUGCCGUGAAAGGGAGGGGCUGAGCAGAUGGGACAUUAAGACAGGUGCACAGACGGAAGGCUCAUCUGGAUGAUCAAACUAUGGUUUGAAUUCUAAACUAUGGUUAGCAUAAACCAUGGUUUGAACUGAGCCUGUCUUAGUAAGAUUGUUCGGAUACGACAAGAUAAUUGCAUCCUGCGCACUUUGGAGAAAGGGAUACAAAAUAAGUGUGAUGUUUACAAUCCCUGUGAAUUCGACAGUAAUUGGGAUUUACUAUAACUGUGGUCGUUCGUCGUUUUUUACGACAAUCUUUCUACACUCGAUUUAUAGCAGGAAUGUUUUUUAAUCCAGGUUUUAUUGUUUCUGACUAUUGUGCCUUAAGAUGGAAAUGAAGAAAUUUUUAAAAGCCAUAUAAAUAUACCAUAAAUAUGGUUGUGCUGUGGCUUUUUAAAAGGGAAACUAUGGUUCUUUCUCAUUGCAAAAUACCUCCUAUAUUAACAUCUGUUCGAUGUUCACUUUUUGUACUACCUGUCUCCAACAAAUGUGGCUUGCUUUGAUGGUUUUCAGUUUUGUAUGUGAUCCUGAAAUAAAGAGAACCCACCCAAUA